AAUUUGUUUUAACACGUGGCGAACGCCCAUUGGCUUCCGUACUGUAACGUUCCGUGGUUAAGUGGACAAUUGGCCCUAUAUAUAUAAAGGCCCUCCCAUUCGACGCCUCUCAUAGAAAGCAAUUCGUUUACUUGUCUCUCCGAUAACCAAGAUGCAGAUCUUUGUCAAAACUCUCACUGGCAAGACCAUAACCCUUGAGGUUGAAAGCUCUGACACCAUAGAUAAUGUCAAAGCCAAAAUCCAAGACAAGGAAGGCAUCCCCCCGGACCAGCAAAGGCUGAUUUUUGCUGGCAAGCAGCUCGAGGAUGGACGCACCCUCGCUGACUACAAUAUUCAAAAGGAAUCCACUCUUCACCUGGUGCUCAGACUCCGCGGUGGCAUGCAAAUCUUUGUUAAGACUCUCACUGGGAAAACCAUAACCUUGGAGGUUGAGAGUUCCGACACCAUUGACAAUGUGAAGGCAAAGAUCCAAGACAAAGAGGGUAUCCCACCAGACCAGCAGAGACUUAUAUUUGCUGGAAAGCAACUUGAGGAUGGCCGCACCUUGGCUGAUUACAAUAUUCAAAAGGAGUCGACCCUUCAUUUAGUGCUCCGUCUGCGUGGUGGCAUGCAAAUCUUUGUCAAAACCCUCACCGGAAAGACCAUCACCUUGGAGGUCGAAAGUUCAGAUACAAUAGAUAAUGUCAAGGCAAAGAUUCAGGAUAAGGAGGGCAUUCCUCCAGACCAGCAGAGGCUCAUCUUUGCAGGGAAACAGUUAGAGGAUGGUCGCACUCUUGCGGAUUACAACAUCCAGAAAGAAUCAACUCUUCACUUGGUGUUGCGUCUCCGUGGUGGCAUGCAAAUCUUUGUUAAGACCCUCACCGGCAAAACCAUCACUCUGGAAGUGGAAAGCUCUGACACGAUUGAUAAUGUGAAAGCUAAAAUUCAGGACAAAGAGGGCAUUCCCCCAGACCAGCAGAGAUUGAUUUUUGCAGGUAAGCAGCUUGAGGAUGGAAGGACACUUGCCGACUAUAAUAUUCAGAAGGAGUCCACUCUGCACUUGGUGCUUCGUCUGCGUGGUGGUAUGCAGAUCUUUGUUAAAACUUUGACUGGGAAGACCAUUACUUUGGAGGUAGAGAGUUCAGAUACGAUUGACAAUGUAAAAACCAAGAUUCAGGACAAGGAGGGCAUUCCUCCGGAUCAGCAGAGGCUCAUAUUUGCUGGAAAGCAGCUUGAGGAUGGGAGGACCCUUGCUGACUAUAACAUCCAGAAGGAGUCCACCCUUCACCUUGUCCUCCGCCUCCGCGGUGGUUUCUGAAUUCUGAAUGAUGCCUAUGUUGCCAUCCUUGGCUGAUGUCAAGUUGUUUGGUUCUGUACUUUUUCUAAUUACGUACUCUUUAAGUACCUAUGGAUGGCUCAAACCUAGCUCCCUUUUGCUUAUUAAUAAAGAUGUGUUUAUAGCAUAUGAUCUA